AUGGCUCACUCGUCAGACCCGUCCCGCCGGGAGAAGACCCCCGGUCCUCAGGGGUCGCACACCUCCACACGCAACCUCCUCCGGAAGAAGGAGCAGCGGCGGCGUGGAAUCCGAUCGUCCUCGCCCAUGGGCCGGGUCAUCCUCAUCAACUCCCCGGUGGACGGGGGAGAUGACAGCGAGGACCUCCACACCAUCACUGUGGAUAAGAGCGUGGACGGGAAGCUGGGCUUCAGCGUGCGCGGCGGCUCGGAGCACGGCCUCAGCAUCUUCGUCAGUAAGGUGGAGGACCACAGCACCGCCGAGGAAGCCGGUCUGCUCGUGGGCGACAAACUGGUGGAGGUGAACGGCAUCAGCCUGGAGAGCAUCACCAUGAGCAGCGCCGUGAAGGUCCUGACGGGGAACAACCGGCUGAGGAUGGUGGUGAGACGAGUCGGCAAAGUCCCCGGCAUCCGCUACUCCAAAGAGAAAACCACCUGGGUGGACUUGAUUCACCGGCGGAUGGUGGUGGAGGAGAGCGGGCGGACGCCGUCGGAGGCCAGCUCCAGCAGCGCCCUCCAGAGGAUCGUGCACCUGUACACCACCUCGGAUGACUACUGCCUCGGAUUCAACAUCCGGGGGGGGAAGGAGUUCGGUCUGGGAAUCUACGUCUCCAAACUGGAUCCCGGGGGUCUGGCCGAGCAGAACGGAAUCAAGAUGGGGGACCAGAUCCUGGCGGCCAACGGCCUGAGCUUUGAGGACAUCAGCCACAGCAGCGCGGUGGAGGUGCUGAAGAGCCACACCCACGUCAUGUUGACCAUCAAGGAAGCAGGUCGAUACCCUGCCUACAAGGAGAUGGUGGCUGAGUACAGGUGGCUCAAUAAGCUGGCCAACGGUCCCCAGAAGUCCUCGUCCCAGGGUUCAGACUCCAACUCGUCUCUGUCGUCUCUGUCCUCCGGGACGCCGGUCAGCUCUCUGAGCGGCCUGUCGCAGGUCAUGUUCCCCCCCAGCCUGCCGUUCGGCUCGGACAUGGUGGACGUCUCCAUCUCCACCGAGGACCAGAGGUUCGAGUCCGAGCGAACCGAGACCGCCAUCCAGACGGACCCCCCCCCUCAGAGGACGGCUGCAGACACCACCCGCAGCCUGGGACGCACCACCCUGCUCAAAGACACCUUGAUCCGCGGGGAGGAGGCCAGCGGGAGGAAGGAAUCCCCCAAGACGGCCAUGCUGCUGGCGCUCAGCAUGCCGAGCCGACUCAUCAGCCGGUCGCAGAGCCAGGUCACGGUGGCAGAGAUCACGCAGAAGAAAGAGAAGAAGCAGAAAGGGAAGGAGCCGGAGGAGAAGAGCACCCUGCAGCGCUCCAGGACCUUCGUGAACCUGCUGCUCAGGGCCGGGCGCAGGAGAGACGCCUCCAGGGGGCGCUCCAAGUCCCCGUCCACAGACAAGACAAGCAAAGAGGGUCGGAAGCUCGGUGCGAUGCCAAAUCCAGAGAUGCUGCGGGUGGUGGAGGACAUGGCGCGCCGGCUGCUGCCCGAGGAGGAGGUGGCUGCGGUGAUGGCAACGUGCCGGCGGUACACAGCAGAGCGGUCGGUGGAGAACCUGAUACGCCACCUGCUGGCCGUGCUGGACCGGCCGGAGAAGCUGCUGCUGCUGAGGGAGGUCAGGAUGCUGCUUCCUCCGUCUGACCUGAGUCUUUUCAACAACAUGGUGACUCCCAUCGAAGUCGAGGCCUACGACAUCCUGAAGUAUCGCUCAGUUCGAACUCCUCCUCUUCGCUGUUCCACGUCUGGUCGAACUCCCAAACGCCGACUCAUCACUCCCAUCCCAGAUUACCGAGGAGGCUUCGAGCUCCACAGCGCUGAGGAGGUGGAGAAGGAGAGCCACCUGCUGGGGGAGCUGGAGAAGCUCAGCCUGUCGGGGCCCCGGCGAUCCAAAGACAGGCCCCCCCGCACCUCCUCGUCCUUCACGCCGCUGCUGGACAUCCCGGUGGACGGAUACACCGCGGCCCCCGGGGAGCCGGGACCCCGCUCGGCCAGUCCCCUGCCCCCCAACUGGCUGCUGGCCCACAGCGACGACCCCCGCCCCCCCCUCCGGACCGACAUCGGCACCAUCCGCUCGGUGCACUUCGACGAGGUGUCGCUCCACUCGGCCUCCGACCGGGCGGACACAGAGAGGGGACGGCCCCCGUUCAGGAACAGCCACCCCAAAGGUCAACAGGAGCAGAGUGGAGGCCGGGUUGGAGGCCGGGGGGGAGCCACCGUGUUCACGCUGCCGAGCGGCGCCCGCAGGAGUCGACCGCUGCUGUCGCAGGUGUUUGGUUCGAGUCCCGAUCAGAAAGUCGGGAGCCAACAGAUGAACGGAGUCCACGACUCGGACGCUGAACCGGAGUACCAGCUCCAAACUGUCAGCAUCUCCAAGACCAAACAGUCGCUGGGCAUCAGUAUAUCUGGAGGGAUGGAGUCCAAGAUUCAGCCGGUGGUGAAGAUCGAGAAGAUCUUUCCUGGAGGAGCCGCCUCCACCUGUGAAGUGCUCAAGGCUGGAUUCGAGCUGGUGUCGGUGGACGGCGUCUCCCUCCACGCGGUGACACAUCCGCACGCGGUCGACAUCAUCAGGAAAGCCUUCAGCAACAAGUCCAAAGACCCCAUGGUGUUCGUGGUCAAAGUCCCCAAACCCGUUUGAGAGGAGACGGAGAUGCACAUGGAGAACUUAGAU